AUGCACUUCGAUAAAGCUAUUGAUGAGCAAACUGGCGAUGAACAAAAACCAGAUAUGAUCACCUUUUAUAAUCAAACAAAAGGUGGUGUUGAUGCAGUCGAUAAAAUGUGUGAAACAUACAGUGUGGCAAGGAAAACUCAAAGUUGGCCGUUGACUGUAUUUUUCUCAAUAUUGAACAUCGCUGGCAUAAAUGCUCAAAGACUUUAUAUGAGUAACGGUCAUUCCAUUAGUAGUAGGCGAAAUUUCCUCCACCAGUUAUACAAUGCUUUGACAUAUGAACAUAUUAAACGGCGAUCAGAAUCGGGAUUUGGUUUUCCACAAUCUAUUCAAGAACAACUGAAAAGUGUUACUGACAGCCAAAACAAGGGAGCCCAGAACGAUGGAGAAAAAGACAAUAAAGUCAGUAGUAGUACUAGAAAAAGAUGUGUCACAUGUGCAGUAGAUAAGCGUACUAGACUGUCAAAGUAUAAUUGA